GGUACCCACGCAUGGCAGUCGCGACUCUGACACCGCGCGCGAGAGAUACCCGAGUUACCCGCCUCAUCGUCCGUUCGAGUCUCCCAUCCCUCACCAGCGUCGCAGCGACAUCCACAGCAUGAGCGACCAAGAGAGCAUAGACGAGGUGCCGCUACGCCGCAGACUGCAGACGCAGCAGUCGACAGUCUUCACGCGCCGCCAGCAGGCCGUGUGCGUCCGCCGCGCGUACAAGCACUACGGCAACAAGAGGGCGCCCACCGUCGUCCUGGAGGGCCUCAACAUGACCGUGCCCAAGGGCUGCAUCUACGGCCUGCUGGGCGCCAGCGGCUGCGGCAAGACGACCCUGCUGAGCUGCAUCGUGGGCCGCCGCCGCCUCAACUCGGGGGAGAUCUGGGUGCUGGGCGGCAAGCCGGGCUCCAGCGGCAGUGGAGUACCGGGCCCGCGGAUUGGCUACAUGCCGCAGGAGAUCGCCCUGUACGGCGAGUUCACGAUCCAGGAGACGCUGGUCUACUACGGCUGGAUCGCCGGCAUGUCCAGCAGCCAGGUGGAGCAGAAGAUAGACUUCCUGCUGAAGCUGCUGCAGAUGCCGCCCUCCAGCAGAUUCGUCAAGAACCUCAGCGGCGGCCAGCAGAGGAGAGUGUCCUUCGCCGCGGCUCUGGUGCACGACCCGGAGCUGCUGAUCCUGGACGAGCCCACCGUCGGCGUGGACCCCGUGCUGCGCCAGAGCAUCUGGGACUACCUGGUGAGCAUCACCGAGGACGGCAGGAAGACAGUCAUCAUCACCACGCACUACAUCGAUGAGACGAGACAGGCUGGGAUCAUCGGCCUGAUGCGAGGCGGCCGGUUCCUGGCAGAGGAGUCCCCCGACUCGCUCAUGACGCAGCACAUGUGCAGCUCGCUGGAGGACGUGUUCCUCAAGCUCAGCAAGCUGCAGAACAUGAAGAAGCGGCGCCGCAGCACCUUCAUGAAGGAGGUCAUGGGCCCCAUCGCGCCCGAGGAUUCUCCUGACGUGGACACCACCUCCGAGAUCAGCGGGGAGUUCGGCGACAACAUCAGUGUCUCCAUCAAGGACAUGAGGACUGUGACAGACGGCGAUAUCCUGAACGACAUGCCCCCUGAGGACGAGGUGGAGAAAAGCAAGCUGGACUGCAUCAAGUUCCUCACCCUCAACCGGAUGAAGGCCCUCAUCUGGAAGAACUUCCUGUGGAUGUGGAGGAACGUGGGGGUCAUGAUGUUUAUCAUCGGCCUGCCCGUGGUGCAGAUCGUGGUGUUCUGCCUGUCCAUCGGCCGGGACCCCAAGGGCCUCCACCUGGCCGUGUACAACGAGGAGUUGAACCACUCCCAGGAGCUGUGCAUCCCCUCCACGGGCUGCGACCUCAUGGGGCUGAGCUGCCGCUACCUCGCGCACCUGCAGAGCAGGAACGUGCUGCUGGACUACCACGACAGCCUCCAGGACGCGAGGCAGGCGGUGCAGGCGGGACGAGCCUGGGGCGCCCUCUACUUCUCCAGCAACUACUCCGACUCGCUCGUCAGGCGGCUCAACGACGUGAGGGGCGCGAGCGAGCUGACCUUAGACCAGAGCGAGAUGAAGGUCUGGAUGGACAUGUCGAACCAGCAGAUCGGACAGCUGCUCAACAGGGACCUGAUCCUGGCCUACAUGAACUUCACCAAGGACGUGCUCGGCGACUGCAAGUACAACACCAAGGUGGCGGAGCUGCCCGUGCGGCUGAACGAUCCCGUGUACGGAUACAGGAUCCCUAACUUCACGGACUUCGCAGCUCCGGGAGUCAUCCUCACGAUAAUCUUCUUCCUGGCGGUGGCUCUGACGUCAGGCGCCAUGCUUAUCGAGAGGAACGAAGGCAUGCUGGAAAGGAGUUUGGUGUGCGGCAUCACCAGCUCGGAGAUACUGUUCUCGCACGUGGUGACGCAGUUCGUGGUGAUGUGCGGCCAGACGUCCAUGGUGCUGGUGUUCUCCUUCCUGGUGUUCAACAUCACGUGCGAGGGCCACCUGGUGUGGGUGGUGCUGCUCACCAUGCUCACCGGCCUCUGCGGCAUGUGCUUCGGUUUCGUGGUGUCGUGUCUGUGCGACAACGAGAGGACUGCUACGUACCUGGCGCUGGGCAGCUUCUUGCCGAUAGUCAUGUUGUGCGGCAUCAUCUGGCCGGUGGAGGGCAUGCACGGGUCGCUCAAGAUCAUCAGCUUCCUGCUGCCGCUGACCAAGUCCACCGAGUCGCUGAGGACCAUCCUGGCGCGCGGCUGGGCCAUCUCGCAGCCCACCGUGUACUUCGGCUUCGUGGCCACCAUGCUGUGGAUGGCGGUGUUCCUCGUCACCAGCAUCCUGGUGCUCAAGUUCAAGAAGGGCUAGGCCCCUCCGCUGCGCCAGCAGUGCCUCGAGAUCUGCCUGGGGACGUUCGCACGUCUGCGCUCCCAAACGGGAAGCCUACAACUCACGUAGUUUCGGUUCCCUGCAAGAAUUUCCGAAGAUUUCCGAAGUUUUGCGUUUUGGUAUUAACGCCACUUCAGCCGCUAAAUCAGAAGUUUCCAAUGAAAACAAGCAUGUUGUGACUGGCCUAACCUAACCUAACCCUUCGAUUUUUUUUAAAUUUCAAUUUUUGAGAGAAAUCCGAAGUUGCACGAACGUGGUAGGGAACCGAAACUACGUGAGUUGUAGGCUUCCCAUCCCAAACACUGAACUUUAAACACUUUCAUUCAACACACACACACAUACACACUGUGCAGGGCCGGUGCAAGGUAUUUUGGCGCCCUAGGCGAAAAACCUUAAUGUCCCCCCCCCCCCCCCCCCCAACGACAGACACCCCAAAAAAAAUUUUCCUUGCCUCAAAAUAGUUGGAAAUAGUGUUCAAUGAACACAACACACCAUGCAUAUGGUUAGUUGUGAACAUUUCUCAAAUGGCAUUCUACAUGACAGGGAUCCAGUGCAUCUUCUUGUCCAUGGUAUUGUCUCGAGCGAUAAAUACAAACAUUUUCGGACAUAUUUUCAUUGACGUUUUGGCCUCCUCAGAACGCCAUGCAUAGGUAUGCACUCAUUAUUUUAACGUGUAUUUGAGAUACAUUUUUUAAUCUAAUUUUGGUAGUAUCAUAUUUGCAAAUGCACUAGAAACAUGAUGAAGCAGGCCACUGUGUUUGAAAAUGUUACAUAAAUUAGUUUACAAAUGCUUGUUUGUAAUGGUGUGUGUGCAUAGAAAACUUUUGUAAUUCAGUAAUAUACUGUAUUUGGUACUCAAACACCAACAAUAUGUAUCGCUUGAUUUUCAUUGUUUGCUACAUAUUUAUUUUUAUAACACCUCUUUUUGUAAAUAAUUUGUGUUUAUGAUGAGGAUGAAGUUUAUAUACAAAUCAUGAAUGACUGUGUGAUUUGGGCAUACUUAGUGAUUCUGUAGGUAUAUGGCCAGUUCACUGAUGGAAUAAAUAGUGUAAGUUGUGAAUCUAGAUUCAGAGGAAACUAUUGUAAUGUAGACAAGCAAAAUAAAAUUUACUCUAAAAAGUGAUGAAAAUAUUAAUUUAUAUAUUAUGUAUUAUUAAAAAUAUUAUGAAAUAUUGUGAUGAUAAAACUAUUAUUGAUAUUUCUGACCAAUUUUCUUGCCUUUACAAUGAGUAUGUAUACGAGUGUAUUAUUUAAUAUUUUGUGUUUAAAUAAAUAUUUGUAAAUUUUAACUUAUCAGUAUUGUAUGAAUCCUAAACCCAUAUUAAAGUUGUAAAACCGUUUAGUCGGGCGCUAACAUUUGAUGGCACAAUGGUAAUCAAAUAAAUAUUUUGUUUUCUCACAGCAUCUCAUUACAUGCCAAACCUGCAAAAUCUUAACAACUGUGAAUAAUUAAUGCUAGUCCC